UUUGACAGCUCAUUUCAACCGAUAGAAAAUUCCAAGUUUUCUACUGUUUCUAUGGGUUUUCCCCGUUUACGUGAAUGCCUCUAAUGUUUUGCUUUUCCCGGCCUAAACCGCUAUCAUUUUCGUUCGUAAAAAAUAUAAUUUCUUAAGUAAAAAAGAGAUAGAAUGACAUCCUCAAAUCCACCACAAGACAAAAUGAUCUUCAAAUGUGACACACAACCUGCAAUUGUUUCUGAAAAACUCUUGAGUUUCUAUAAAGAAAAUGAAUUAUUCGACACGGUUCUGAUUGUUGGAAGUGAUUGCAUAAAUAUCCAAGCUCAUAGAGUAGUCUUGUGUGCAUUUAGUGAGUAUUUCUUGGAAAAGUUUCGAGGCGGUCAAAAUGCUUUGCAGACAAGUACAUUGCAACUCAAAGAGAUCGGAGCAUCUUCUUUGAAAUUGAUAUUAGAUUUUAUGUACACGGGUUCCAUUGAAUUGAGUCUCGAAAAUAUUGAUGGACUCUUGAAAACUGCAUUGUUUUUAAAAAUUAAAAUAUUGGUUGAAGGUUGUUACGAGUUAAUUGGACAAAAUAUCAAUUCCACCAACUCGUUGACCUUCCUUCGAUUGGCAAAUGAAUUGAGCUUAUCCUCACUGAAAGCUAAAUCGCUGGAAUGUAUUUACACUCAUUUCGAGGAAAUUUCAAAGAAAAACGAAUUCCUGUUACUGAAUAAAGAUGAAUUGCAGAAUUUACUAUUUAAUGACAAUCCUCAUAACGAUUUUGAAGAAGUUGUCUUUUUGUCCAUGGUGGAAUGGAUAAAUUAUGACAAACUAAAUCGAGCUCACUUUGCCUUUGAGCUCCUUUCAAUGAUUCGUUUUCGAGCUCUUUCACCCAAGUUUAUCGUGGAAAAUAGAAAAUCAGUUUGUAAAACUGUGGAAGACUACGAACUGAUUUGCAGUUGGCUCCAAUGGCAUUUGUCCCCUGCAACACGUUCAAAUGACCAAACGAAUUCCACUUUGAUUCCAAGAAAAAAGACUGAAAUACUUUCAGUAAUAGGAAACAACAAUGACCUCGAAAUUUGUAUUCAAACUUUUAACUCCAAAGAAAAUACAUGGUCAAUCGAAAUUGAAAAACCUUUACCGUCGAUACGACCAGGAUCUUCAACGAUUGUGAUUGAUAAUAAACUGCUUGCAGUUGGAGGAUACGUCAAUCGUAAUAUGACUCAUAGAGUACAAUGUUUAGACAUACACACAAUGGAUUGGGUUGAUUUUCCGCCAAUGAAUAAACCUCGAUUGGAAUGUCAGUUAGCAGAUUUAAAUGGAUAUUUAGGUGUUUUUGGUCUGAAUGAGAAAUGUGUGCCAUCUAUGGAAAUAUAUAAUUUUUCCACACGUAAAUGGAAUUAUAUACUACUGCCUGAUAAAGUAAGUGAAUUAAGCAAAAUAACCGCCCACAAUGGGAUAUUAUACAUUCUCAACUUUGGCGAAGGAUUUUUGAAAUCUUAUAAUGUCUCUUUAAAUAAAUGGACUUCCAAAGAUAUUACGAAAUCUUCACUCUGGGGUUUUGGAUUUGUUGCAAUUGAAAGGUUUUUGUUUGUUAUUGGUGGGUGUGACAACGGAGAAUGGUUGAAAACUGUUAAACGAUACGAUUUGUCUAAUGAUUCUUGGUGUGAAAUGACAUCUUUAUCGAAAGUUCUUAAGUGCCCAAAAACAAAAGUUCUUGGAAAUAAAAUAAUAAUUUGCGAUGGAUAUAAUGUUGAAGAGUAUAAUAUUGAUAUCGACAAAUGGAAUAAUUUGGAUUGUUUACAAGAAACAGUUAAUUUAAAUUGCAUAUUCAACUCUGCUUUCAAAUAAGGAGCUGCAUGUAAU